UCGCUUCCUUUCAAGGUGCGAGCCUCAGACGAUGAAGAGCGUUUAGUGAGAGAUCUCUUUCGGGACUACAACAAACUCAUCCGACCUGUCGAGGUUCUCAACAUGACGGUUGAGGUCGAGUUCGGAUUGUCGUUCAUUCAGCUCAUCAAUGUGAACGAGAAAAAUCAAAUCAUGACAUCCAACGUCUGGUUACAACUGAAAUGGGCAGACUACCAGCUUCGUUGGGAUGAAGCAGACUACGGAGGCAUCUCGGUGUUGCGGCUUCCGCCGGAUAAAGUUUGGAAACCGGAUAUCGUGCUUUUCAACAACGCUGACGGCAACUACGAAGUGCGAUAUAAAUCCAACAUCCUCAUAUACCCUGGCGGUUCAAUAAUGUGGGUCCCGCCAGCCAUAUACCAGAGCUCGUGCACGAUCGACGUGACGUACUUCCCAUUCGAUCAGCAAAAAUGUGUCAUGAAAUUCGGAUCCUGGACCUACAACGGAGAUCAAGUGUCCUUAAAACUCGAGCAGGACAACUUCUGGGUGGAUUUGUCGGACUACUGGAAAUCCGGCACGUGGGACAUCGUCGAAGUGCCGGCCUUCCUGAACGUGCACGACAAUAGCAAGACGGGCAAGCCUACGGAGACUGACAUUUCGUUCUACAUCACCAUCCGACGCAAAACUCUGUUCUACACGGUGAACUUGAUCCUGCCGACAGUUCUCAUCUCGUUCCUCUGCAUUCUCGUAUUCUAUCUGCCAGCGGAGGCCGGCGAGAAAGUCACACUCGGUAUCUCGAUUUUGCUGUCGUUGGUCGUCUUCUUGCUGCUCGUGUCGAAGAUCUUACCACCAACGUCACUAGUAUUGCCGCUGAUCGCCAAGUACCUGCUCUUCACAUUUUUAAUGAACACCAUGUCUAUACUGGUUACGGUUAUCAUCAUAAACUGGAAUUUCCGGGGACCUCGCACGCACAGAAUGCCAAACUGGAUCCGAAUUCUCUUCCUCACGUACCUGCCUACGAUACUCUUCAUGAAGAGGCCUAGCAAGACCCGACUGAGAUGGAUGAUGGAUAUGCCGGGCUUGGGUGUACACCACCACCAUUUUCGUCCGCAAUGCAAUAUCAAGGCGAAUAAAGUGACCGACUUCGAGCUGGCCGAAGUCCACACAGAAGUUCACCACCCGAACUGUAUGCAAAAUCGGGACAAGGCGAACGAAGUCGCGUCACCGAAUAAUGCCGCGUCAGCAACCGAGAACGCUAACCAAGCCCAAACAGAGUCUGUACAGACAGAUCUGGUCUACCUGUGUCCCGAUGCGCUCCGUGCCACCGAAGCCAUCGAUUUCAUCGCUGAGCACCUACGUUGCGAAGAUGAAUAUGUUCAGAUCCGAGAAGAUUGGAAAUACGUGGCCAUGGUAAUCGACCGCUUGCAGCUGUACAUCUUUUUCGCGGUGACCGCGGCUGGGACUAUGGGUAUACUGCUGGACGCUCCGCACAUCUUCCAGUUUGUAGACCAGGACAAGGUGAUCUCAAUGCACAAGAAGUCCACCGCCUGA